AUGAAAGUUGACAAAUGCGUGGUCGUGCGCUACGGAGAAUUAUUUCUGAAAGGGAAAAAUCGACGUUUUUUUAUUCAAAAAUUAGUCACCAACCUUAUUAUUGUUUGCCAAAAAAACCAUUUGGAAAAUCUUCGAAUUAAAAGGUUUUUUGACCAAUUAAUGAUUAGUGCCAAAGAGGAAAAUCAAUUAUUACGAUUAUUACCCCUCCUGGAAAAAGUUUUUGGAAUUAGCGUUUUUUACUUAACUUACUAUCUGUCUAGUGAUUUGACGGAAUUGCACCAAUUCGCGGAAAAUUUGGCUGAUUAUUAUCCUAUUGAAUUUAGAAGUUUUAAGUUGGAUAUUAAGAGAAAUGACAAAACUUUUCCUGAGACUUCGGCUGUUUUGCGGGAAAAAUUAGGCGGCAAAAUUAAAAGCAAGUAUCAUCUAAAAGUUGAUUUAACCAGUCCCGAAAAGAUUUUUUAUAUCCGAAUUUACCGGCAAUUCAUCCUUUUUUUUGCCGAAAGAAAAAAAGGGUUAGGAGGAUUGCCAGUUGGCAGCACCGGUCAAGUUUUAUUGUUGUUAAGUGGCGGUAUUGAUUCACCGGUCGCAGCUUACCAAUUGAUGAAAAGAGGUUGCGAAGUUAUUUAUCUCCACUUUUAUUAUCAGACCGAAGGCCAGGAAAAAAUUUUAGCAUUAGAGGAAAAAUUACAACCUUAUAAUAAUUAUUCACCAACUACUUAUUUAGUUAACUUUCAGUCUUUCUUAACCGAAAUUCGUCAUGUUAGCCAAGAAAAAUACCGCUUAAUUAUUUUAAAAAGAAUGUUCGUGCGUUUGGCUAAUCGCUUAGCCGAAAAAUUAACUAUUCCGGCCCUAGCCAGCGGCGAUUGUUUAGCCCAAGUAUCUUCCCAAACCCUAGAAAGUUUAGCCGUUAUUUAUCAAAUUAGUUCCCAAUUAGUUCUCUGGCCUUUACUUACUUAUAGCAAAGAAGAAAUUAUUACUCAGGCGAAAAAAAUAGAUACUUAUAAUCUUUCUUGCCAAAAAUACUCUGAUUGCUGUGCUUUAUUUGAACCCCGUCGUCCGGUUACUAAACCCAAAAAAGCAAUAGUCGAAAAACUAGAAAAAGAAAUUUG